CCUGGCUUUGUCGUCUUCCCAAUUUUGCCUUUGGGUAAAUUAGUGGCCAGCUAGUGAAAACGCUUGAGAACCAUCCAGGUGCAACGUGCAUCACAUGUGACCUGCUCGGGUCUUGACGGGUUAAUGAUCCGUGGGCGUUAACGUGACCGGCACCAAAUGGGAGUAUCGAAUAGUAGGGGGUGUACUUUGUGCAAACUACUUCUGUCCUGUUUUGCAACUACAACCAACGUGAAUGUCGUAAGAUGUCUGUUCAAUCCCCCCUCUACAAUAUCAGACAUUUUUAAUCGUGCUCUUGUUUACGCGCCACUACGGUGGCACUACGUUUUCAUGCAAGCAUCACUUCUAGUUGUCCAUAGAAGAUACUAUUUGAACAGCCACAACACCAACUCAAACAUAAAAACUCACAAGCGCAUUUUUAUGCGCCGCGAGCGAAACGCCUCGCAAGAGAUUCGGCAGAGACUCCUCCCCCUUGGCGCGCGCCCUUGACUCCACAGAGCGUCAUUGCGCGUGAGCGGUGCUGUCUUGUUUGUUUGUGUAGAGGGCGAAAAAUGGCGGAGGGCAGAGACCCGAGCUAGAACUAGAGACACGAAACGUCAGCUCUUAACGUUCGUGACAGCUGGUAGGGGCCACUGCCCUGCGUCGAGUGCAUCCCCGGUGCGUCCGCCGAACUCGGGUAGCGAAGGACGAGCGCAUUGCGAGCGGAGCGGAGUUUUGGAGGAGCAGCUUUAGCUGGCAUUACUACGGCUGCAGCGAGUACUGCCCACUAGCCGCUGAAGUGUCGGCAGCUAGCUGGCUGGCUAACUAGCCGCGGCUAACGCUUACGCGCUACUCUCGCGGCGUGCGCGUGAAAGCUGCGCUUUUUUUUCUCUCGCCGAGGGUAGGGAGUCCGUCCCCCGCGUCGUACAUCUGGCGAGCGACCCGACGGGAAAGCCGAAAGGCGGACUCUGGCGUCGGGAGUUCGCACACGAAUGUCUUCGUAAGUUCACCGUCCUGUCUUGCAGAGGAUCACAGCGGCGACCCGAGAAGACAGGUGUGUGAUACCUCAGGAUGAGUGCCCUAGGGGAGAGUGCCCGUGACCCCGUGCACCCGGAGUCCCGCAAGAGGAAAGGAUCGCUGUGUGACACGUCAGGCCUGAGCGCGGAGAAGCGGCGGCGGGAGCUGGAGAGCCGCUACAUCACCGAGCUGGCGGAGCUGCUAUCGGCGCAUAUGGGCGACAUCUCCAGCCUGAACGUCAAGCCGGACAAGAGCCACAUCCUGCGCAAUGCCAUCGACCAGAUCCAGCAGAUCAAGCUGCGUGAACAGGAAAAGGCAGCGAUGUUGAUGGAGGAUGACGUGCAGAAGAGCGACGUGUCGUCCAGCAGCCAGGCCCUGAUGGAGAAGGAGGCCCUGGGUCCUCUUCUGCUGGAGGCCUUGGAUGGCUUUUUCUUCGUGGUGAACCGCGAGGGCCGGAUCGUCUUCGUCUCCGAGAAUGUUACGGCCUACCUGGGCUACACGCAGGAGGAGCUGAUGACCUCCAGCGUCUACAGCAUCCUGCACGUGGGCGACCACAAUGACUUCGUCCGCAACCUGCUCCCCAAGAGCCUGGUAAACGGGGUGCCCUGGCCGCAGGAGAGUGCGCGCAGGAACGGCCACACCUUUAACUGCCGGAUGCUGAAGCGGCCGCCAGACGAGGUGGACUCGGAGAACCUGGAAGCGCGGCAGCAGUACGAGGUCAUGCAGUGCUUCACCGUGCCAGAGCCCCGGGCGGUACACGAGGAGGGCGAGGACCUCCAGAGCUGCCUCAUCUGCAUCGCCUGUCGCUCCCCUCGCUCCCAGCAGAUCCCGGUCAACACAGAGUCCUUCAUCACCAAGCAGGACCCCACAGGGAAGAUCAUCUCCAUAGAGACGAGCGCACUGAGGGCCACAGGCCGGCCCGGUUGGGAGGACCUGGUACGGAAGUGCAUCUAUGCCUUCUUCCAGCCGCAGGGGAAGGACCCAUCCCACGCCAAGCAGAUGCUGCACGAGGUGAUCACCCACGGCACGGCCAUCAGCCCCGUGUACCGCUUCACCCUCAGCGACGGAACCACGCUCAGCGCCCAGACCCGCUGCCGCUUCUGCUGCCCCCCCAACCCCGACGUGCAGCCCUUCAUCAUGGGCAUCCACACCAUCGACAGGGAACACAACACUGCUAGCUCUCAGGAAAACACUACCCCCAGCCUUCCUCCAAAGCACGGGAGUCCGACUCCUGGCCAACCCUCCCGCUCCCCUGCUGUCCAGCCCAGCAGUGACCUCAACCAGGCCGCGGGCCUCGGCCUGCAACUUAACGGCGGCGGCACCGGGCCGGCCACGCCCACCAGCCAUUCAGCCGGCUACCUGACCCCCAACAGGAUGUGCCCCCAGCAGGUCAACAGCCCCUCUCCUCUCAGUAGCCCCUUGGGGGCGACCCCUACCUCUUUCAUGUCCCCCAGGCCGCCACGGGGUAGCCCUGGCCUCGGGGGUAGUCCGCGGGUCCCCGGGAACCCUUUCUCGCCCUCCACGCCAGGCCUGCACUCCCCCGCGGGAGCAGCGAGCGGAAGCGGAGGCGGCCUCACUCGGCAGUUAUCGGGCUGCGAGGGGACCGGGGCAUCCCUGGGCUUCUCCACUCCCUCACCACGACCUCAGAGGCAGGGUGCCACCCCAGCCAGCUCUCCGGUGCGCCCCCCUCCCGCCAAGCCGCCCGAGGGCCCCCCCGAGGAUGCCGCUAAGGCCCCGCCCUCGCUCGGCAACCCCAAGCUGCUGAACCAGCUCCUGGACAACGGCGCCGCUCGUCCGGCCGAGCGCGUCCCGUCUGCAGCGGCUUCGCCCCCGGUGACCGGCUCGUGCCCGGCCUCCCACAGCUCGCUGACGGAGCGGCACAAGAUCCUGCACCGCCUCCUACAGGACAGCAGCCCCACGGAGCCCAGCGAGGGCGGGUCUGACUCUGGCCUGGCCGUCGGUGCCGCACAGAAGGACGCGGAAAUUAAAAAGGAGAGGCCCGCCAGCCCCGCUAGGGAAUCUCAGGAUCCGCCACAGGACCACCAGCUGCUACGCUUCCUCCUGGACACGGACGAGAAGGACCUGGAGAACCUGCCACCUCCGUCCCUCCUCUCCCUGCAGACGGUACGGGUCAAGACCGAGGUCAAGAGGGAGGGGACCUGCGGCACCACCAGCUCUCCAAAGCCUGGAGACCAGCCCGCCAACCCGUUUUCCGCCGCUGACCUGGACGCCUUGAAUCAGCUAGUGCCCCCGCCGCAGAGGACGACUCCCGUGGCCAGGCAGCCGGAGGACCCCGCCGCAUCCCAGCCUCCAGAGACCAACAUUCCCAAGGGUGUGAGCAUGAAGCAGGAGCUGCCCGGCACACCGAGCCGCGGGUUUGGUGACGGCUCCGUCUUCCAGCCGUCUUUCGAGUUAUGCAGCCCAUCCACCCCCAGCCGGGGUCAGCCGGACCCGUUCCAGCCUAGCAAAGGCGGCAGCCCGUUUCCGGACCCGGCUCACGGUGCGCCUUUUGGCGGCGGCGAUGCAGGGGUGUCCAAACUGGAGCUAACCAGCCCCCAGGCGUUUGCACCAGUGGGUCUGACGGAGCCUAUGCCAUUUGACGCGGCCAUGGGAGGGGCCCCUCAGGCUCCUCUGCCUACUCAGGAGCAGUGCACCCCCAGCACCUUGGAUGACAUGCUGUGCCCCCCCACCACCCCAGAGGGACGCAGUGAUGAGAAGGCCCUGCUGGACCAGUUAGUGUCCUUCCUGAGUGGCACGGACGAGAGCGAGCUGGCGGAACUGGACCGAGCACUGGGCAUCGAUAAGCUGGUGCAGGGCGGCUGCCUGGACCCCCUGUCCCAGCAGUACCCUGCCCAGCCCCUGCCCUCCAACCCCAUGCCCAUGGACCCUAAGCUGCCUGCGUACCAGCCGCAGUUCCCUCUUGGCUCCUCACAGUUCCCGCAGGACGUGAGCCGCCCGCAGCAGCAGAGCAUGAGUUUCUGCUCGCCCCGUGGGGCCUUCCCUGGGAACAUGGGCAUGGCACUGCGGCCAGGCGUGCCGCGGGCGCAGGGAGUGCCCAACCAGCUCAGGAUGCAGCUACAGCAGAGGCUGCAAGGCCAGCAGCAGAUCGUGCACCAGAACAGGAUGGCAGCUAUCGGCCAGUUCCCAGGGACAGGGCAUCUUGCCAUGGGCAUGCGACAGGGCAUGCAGCAGCCCCAGAUGCCCUCGCAGCCACCGCUGAACGCACAGAUGAUGGCGCAGAGGCAGCGGGAGCUCUACAGCUUCCAGCACCGCCAGAGGCAGCUCCUGCAGCAGAAGGCCAUGCUGAUGAGGCAGGGCAUGGCGCCAGGGCCGAUGGGGGGCCCCAAGGGCCCCCAGCAGCCUCAGCAGCAGCAACCUCCGCAGUUCGCCUACCCCACAGGUUACAGCCCCGGGCCAGGAAACCCCCCAAGCUCACCCGGCAACUUUAAUCCCAUGGGAGGGGUGCCGACAGACCCCAAGAUGGGCAGCAGGAGGCCUGUGGUAUCCCAGAGUAUAAUGGGAGGCAUGCAGGGCCAGUUUGGUGGCGUGGUGAACUCCGCAGUACAACCCGCCCCCUUCCAGCAGUUUGCAGGAGCAGGUUUGGUCCAGCAGGGGGAGCCACCUUUUGCACCAGCCCUCAGCCCAACCAGCCCCCUCCUCUCACCACAGAUGUCCACGCCGCAGACACCUCUGCUCCCGCAGACGCAGCCUUCUAUGGGCUACCAGUCGCCUGACAUGAAGAGCUGGCAGCAAGGAGGCAUGGGGAACAACAGUAUGUACAGCCAGUCCGGACAGACUCCGUCCCAGGCCUUUGGACAACAGGGCGUGUACAACAACAUGAGCAUCACCGUCUCAAUGGCGGGUGGAUCUAGCGGCGUGGGCUCUCUGACUCCCAUGGGACCUUCUGUCGGCAUGGGCAACAGUAACCUGGGCAACAUCAGCCCAAUGUGUAAUGAUCAGGUACAGCAGGUUCAGGUGUUUGCUGAUGUCCAGUGCACCGUCAACCUGGUGGGCAGCGACUCCUACCUGAACCAGCCGGGCCCCAUGGCAUCACAGAAGGGGGGGGCAGCCACCCAGAGCGCCCAGUCUCAGCAGAAAAGCCUCCUGCAGCAGCUCCUAACCGAGUGACACUCUGAGCACUGGGGAGUGCUGCCCUACAGUGAGAUAUUUAUAUUUUUUUACAAGUCUGCUUCUAAUUUCCAGCAGGAUGGAUUCUGAGGAAAUUAUAUUUUUUGGUGGGGCUUGGAGGGGGGGAGGAUAGACGGCUGAUUGGACGUCUUAGGCUGCAGGUGGUGCGCUCAUUCUUGGUUACCUACUUUAGAGCUUGCGAUUCCCAGCCAGGAGAAGGAAAGUGUUGCCGAUUCCCCGAGCCUGAAGGAGGACCCUUUUGCCUGGCGAGCCUCAUUGGCCAGUCCGCUGCAGCGCUUCACGGAGAGCGAAGGCAGGGUCUGGGGCCCGGCGCGGUCCUGGCCAGCCGAUCUGACUGCAUGAUGGGGGGACUUUUUAGAGGGGGCUUACCCGCCUCCCCCCACCACCCUCUUCCCAUCGUGUGAGGAAAGCUCAGUUUCAGCUGGAUUUGUCGCUGAUUGGCUCUCCACUGCAGUGCCUGGUGGGAGAUCUUUCCCAGUUCUGUUUAUUUGUUGUUUAUUUUUUUCUUGGUGAAUUAGAACAAGAAAGGCCAGGAUGGGAGACUGUAGUGUAGCACACUGUCUGCCCCAGGGUUUUCCUGGGGGGGGAUCAUAGAUACUAGACUCAAACUGUCCGACACAAAUGUUGUUAUUGUUGUUGUUGUUUUUUUUUUUUAAAGCAGCUGUGAAUAUGAGCCACUUGGGAUCUCAUUGGCCUAUCAGUGUUCGCCAUACAUACCAUGCAGGUCGAUAGUAUUGUACAGUACCAAUGGACAAGAUUGGAAUGCACUAACACUUUCUGCUUUUCUUUUAAAACGUCACUCACUCGUUGAGACAGCAGUCAUUUUCCAAGUCAAAGCUGACAGAUGUUUUUGGGUUUGAAGCAGGAUUUUUUUUAUAUAUAUAUAUAUUAAUAAUGAAAAUGAUGAUCAUUUUUAGCUGAUCCAAGCCAAGAAACAGGAUCUGCUGCAGUGUGUUUUAAAUCAGACUCCAGCUUCUACCCAGCAAAACUUUCGUCUUGUGUGGAAAAAGUCUCCAAGGAGAAGAUUGUUUUGAAUUUGAAUGUUGAAAUUUUGGCGAGCCUGGCUUUUUGGUCGUCCAACUCGGGCUGUCACAGUCUUACAUAAUUAACCGACCAUGUAAUUGAUUUAGGUCAAACGGUAAACAUGUAAACUUUUAGGUGCCGAUUUUUCUUACUUUUGAACGUCAGUCGUCUAAAUCCGAAGGCGUGUACAGACGCUGCAUGUGGGAGCUGACGCAGUGAGGAUGUCAUUGCCGGGGCUCUAGCCCUCACUGCAGCUACAACUACUCACCUGACUACUGUUGCCUAGUCAGAUACUGUCAAUCAGCACCAGCCUCUGUUGACACCGGCGAAACACUAUAACUGACAAACCUUGGCGAUGAGACGUGUCCGCAGAAGAUUGACAUCACGUUAAAGACGAACGAGGAGGUUACUAACAAGCAAUAAUAGCACUCUGGAGAUCUGGUUAAUUAAAGUAGGAUCAGCUGGAUUAUGACAUUGAAAUGGAAAUCUAAUUUAUUCCUCCCCCGACCCCCUGCCGGCUCCUUUCUGGGUAACAGAGUAAGUCUCACUAAUGAAAUGCUUUUUUUUAAUAUAUAUAUAUAUAUAUAUAUAUAUAUAUAUAUAUAUAUAUAUA